AUGUCUGAAUCUACCUUCCACACCACCAAGCAGGACAUCCGCAAGGCUGAGUCCAAGGUCGGCCAGGCUCACCAUGGCAAAACACCUGCCAACUCCGAUGUCUCCCAGAUGAAGUCCAUUAUCGACGAAAAUACCAACAAGUCCGAGGAAAUCCAGAAGGUCAAGGAAAACCUGCCUCUGCCUGAGCAACCUCCUGUCGCCAGUGAUUGGAACUCCCUUGACCAGCGCGCCACUGCCGUCGGCUCUGGUCGCUUCGAACGCCCUCCUGAUGACAGUGGCCUGCGCGAGAGCGCAACUGCCGGCAGCAGCGCCCGCAUCGAUGGCGAACAACUACACAAGAACACUGCUCCCAGUGACAAGCUGGGACGCCAGGGUGUCGAGGGACUCCAGCACCCUCCCGCUGAUGCUACGACCCGUUAA